GCGGGGAGCGGAGCAAGGCGGCGCACGCCAAGACAGCCCCCAAAGCUCUUUUGCAGAGCGAAGCCAGCAGGGGAAAAGAGAGCAUUUCCAAUCCGGAGUUCUCCCGGCCGGGAGCGAUGAACCGUCCGGCUCUCCUCCUCGUCCAAGCCGGACGGCCUCGAUCCAAGGCCGGAGCUUCGCCCUUCUUAAAAGCCGAGGAAACCGCCUCGGCUUUGGUUUUUUUGCAUUGAAGGCGGAGAGAGGAGAGCGAGCCCCGGAGCCAAGAACUCGCUCUUCGCCCCCCAGACCAGAUCCAACUCCCGGGCUCGCUCGCUCGCUCGGAAGGGCCGGGAAGUGCUCCGAGACUGUAGGCGCCCGGGAAGUGGGGGGAAGAGAAACUCUGCCCUGCCCGGACUGCUCCUUCCCGAAGUAACCUCCGAAGUUUUUCAAACUCGUCUGGAGAGGCGCUUUUUUAAAAUUUAAUUUAAUUUAAUUUAAUUUUUUAAGAGAACCCCGAAAAAGCCUGCAAGAUCCCGGAGGCGUUGAGGAAUCUCCCUCGCCUGAGGAGAAGAAGGAGGGGGGGAGGCUCGGAUCUUCUUGAUUUUUUUUGCUUGUUGGUCGAUCUCAGGAAAGGAGGGGGGGUCCCUUCCCGCGGGCCUCCCCCCUCCCCCACCCCGCCGUUCGUGGCGGCGAAGAAGCCCCUCCGGGCGGCUCGGAACCUAUCCGGGGGCUUCAAAUCGCGGGGUUGCCGGAGGCCGUGGAGGGGGCCUGGGCUGCCCCCCACAUUUUCUGCGGUGCUCCCUUCUCCCCCCCUCCCUCUUUGGCGAGCCCUGAAGGGACGCGAGGACGGCAGCCUGGCUGAAAGCGCCGGCGGGUUGAAACUGACUAGACCCCCGCCGCUGAGCGCCAAGCAAGGCGGGCUGAAAUUCAGCGGGCCGCCGGCCGAGGCUUCUUCCUUUCCCCCGCUAGCCCUCUCUGCCUGGGGGGCCUCGCUCUUCCCGCCUGGCUUUGUGGAUGUCCCGAUGAGAGAUCCAGCGUUCCCGGGGGCUGCGAUGGCUUACCACCCCUUCCACGCGCCCAGGCCAGCCGACUUUCCCAUGUCCGCUUUCUUGGCGGCCGCUCAGCCUUCCUUCUUCCCGGCGUUGGCUCUGCCUCCCGCCGCCCUCACCAAGCCCUUGCCGGAUCCCAGUUUGGCUGGAGCCGCCGCGGCCGCGGCCGCCGCCGAGGCCGGCUUGCACGUCUCGGCUCUCGGACAUCAUCACCAGGCCGCUCAUCUGCGGUCGCUGAAAAGCUUGGAGCCGGAAGAGGAGGUGGAAGAUGACCCCAAAGUCACGCUGGAAGCCAAAGACCUUUGGGACGAAUUUCACAAACUGGGCACUGAGAUGGUGAUCACCAAAUCGGGCAGACGGAUGUUCCCCCCUUUCAAAGUGCGGGUCAGCGGCCUGGAUAAGAAAGCCAAGUACAUUUUGCUGAUGGAUAUUGUGGCCGCCGACGAUUGUCGCUACAAGUUCCACAACUCGCGCUGGAUGGUGGCCGGCAAAGCCGACCCGGAGAUGCCGAAGAGGAUGUACAUCCAUCCGGACAGUCCGGCCACGGGCGAGCAGUGGAUGGCCAAGCCGGUGGCCUUCCAUAAACUGAAGCUGACCAAUAACAUAUCGGACAAACAUGGAUUUACUAUCCUCAACUCCAUGCAUAAGUACCAGCCGAGGUUCCACAUAGUCCGAGCGAACGACAUCCUCAAGUUACCUUACAGCACUUUCCGAACAUACGUGUUCCCCGAAACCGACUUCAUCGCGGUGACCGCUUACCAAAAUGACAAGAUCACCCAGCUGAAGAUCGACAACAACCCCUUCGCAAAAGGAUUUCGAGACACAGGGAAUGGACGGAGAGAAAAAAGGAAGCAGCUGACUCUGCCUUCCCUGAGAAUGUAUGAGGAUCCCUGCAAGCAGGACAGAGACGGGGGCGAAUCCGAUGCGUCAUCUUGCGAACCUGCCUCAGUCCGAGAAUCUCUUCACUCGCCAUUGGCGACAACCCCCAGUCCUUUACGGGUCCAUCGUAAUAGCAGAGAAGACAAAGGAAGCGACCAAGAGCCGGAGAAAGGGUCAGGGGUGAAGAGAUCCAGCCCUGACCUGGGUCCGGCUAGCCCGCCCCACAACCACAGCCCUGGCUUGCGUGCAGAAGAGCGGAGUAAAGAAAUGGGCAAAGUUGGUGAGACCUCCAGGGAGAGCGGUGAAGCCCUCUUCACACCUCUGGCUUUGGAGAAGGAGAAGCUGGAGGGCAGAAGGAAGGAACCUCUCCUGCAGCCGCCCCACGAAGGAUCCAAAAAGGAAUUGCCCGGGGAUUGCGCCCCGGUGGGGUGCAGUACCAAGGAAGCCUUCGCCCCUCUGAUGGUGCAGACCGACAGCCCGCCGCACUUGAAUCCAAGUCAUCUGCAAAGUUUGGCUCUUUCGGGCCUUCACGGUCAGCAGUUCUUCAACCCUCUGGGCGCCGGUCAACCCUUCUUCCUUCACCCAACCCAGUUCGCCAUGGCGCCCGGAGCCUUUUCGGCGAUGGGCAUGGGACACUUGCUGGCUUCGGUGGCAGGCGGAGGGAGCUUGGAAAACGGGGGACUCUCGGCUCCUCAAGGGACGGCGGGGGCCACGACCCCGUUCCCCUUCCAUCUGUCCCAGCACAUGUUGGCUUCUCAGGGAAUCCCACUGCCUACUUUUGGGGGACUUUUUCCGUACCCGUAUACUUACAUGGCGGCUGCAGCUGCUGCGGCCUCCGCCAUGCCGGUGACCAGUGCCACCACCGCCAGCUCGCUCUCCCGGAACCCGUUCCUGAGCAGCGCUCGACCUCGCCCGCGGUUCAACCCUUACCAGAUCCCGGUGGCCAUCCCUCCCAGCACCAGCCUCCUAACUACCGGGUUGCCUGCCGGUUUGAAUGCCGGCGCGGAAGCCUCCAAGCCCGGGAACAGUCGGGAAUCGAGUCCUCUUUCGGAUCUGCCCGUCCCGAAAGCCAGCACCCAGCGGGCGUCUCUGUCCCCCAAGCCAUCUUUGAAAGAGUCCAUGAACGAGUUGCAAAACAUCCAGAGACUGGUCAGCGGUUUGGAGACCCAAAGGGAAGUAUCCCCUAGUAGGAAUUCCCCCAAGUCGACGGUUCACGGAAGCAGCCAACCCCCUAGAGCUUAGGAGCGGUUGGGAAAGAGAUGUGUACAGCACACAGCAUAUAAAUAUUUAUUUUUUAAGAAAAAGGGGAGACGAGAUGGAGAGGGGUCGGAGUCUAGAGGCAUCAGUAGCUUGGCAUCCUACUAGAGGCGCAAGCAGAGACGAGGGCCAAGCAGAGGAGGCAGGGAAAGUAUGUAGGAAGGCCGUUGCUAACCAGUUUUUCGAACUUACGCUGUGAUCUCAACAGCCCGCCCAUAUUUUAUCUGUUUUUUUGGUCUGGGAUUGAGCAGAAGAGGUCCGUUUUUAGCCAAAGGCAUCUCUAAAAUGGCCGCCAGAGAGGAAGAUGGCGUCUUAGGUCAACCUCCAACUCCUUUUGGAAAAAACCCUUGGCACUUUUCUUCCUCCGAGGAUUGAAUUUUGAAAUGCGGACGAUGCCGUAGGACUCAGCCCUCCGAUGCUAGGAAAACGGGGAAGAAGAGGAGAGCUUUUUUGCCAAGCUCUAAACGUUAGGAAAUCGGUGUUCAUUAUUAGCCAGAGGAGAUAAGCGACGUUAUUCACAAGCGUCGAAGGCCACCAAAAAGAAGAAGGAGGGGAAAAAAUGCAAAAUAAACACGAACUCUUUCCACAUUUCAACUUUCAGAGUUGGUGCAAUCCACGUGUGACUUCGGAUCUUUCGGUUUGGGGACUUUCUCUCUGCAGUAUCAGAAAAUUUAAAGCGAAAAAGGAAAAAAAAAAGAAACAUAAUAUUUAUGGAAUAAAAUGGUAAUUUCUGUAAAUAAGCUAUAACGAAUUUCCCCCCUCCCCAAAUAUGCAAAAAUUGGUAUUAAUUUAUUUAGAGUUGUACAUUGGAGUGUACAUAAUUAGAGUUUAACUCAUGUUUGAUUUCUUUCUUUUUUUUCAUUUUACGUGAACGUACGUAUAUUGUAAAUGAAGAUCUGGUUUCAGAAGUCCCUGGGGAGGGGGUCAAAAAAACCAGGUAGGCGUGGCCAGAGCGGUGCUGUCCAAGCCCUGCCCACUUUCCCAUGUGACAUCAAAGGGGCGGGGCUUUGAACGCGAGGGCGGAGCAACUAUCUUGAAUUUCGUUUUUAACCUGCCACAGACUUCCCUGCUUGUUUAACUCUUUGUGAACGGAAGAAAAAUUUUGUUCUGUAUCUAAAAAAAACUAAAAAACGAGGAAAAAUGUUUACCCCGUCUGUUGGAAGACAAUCAUUAUUUUUAGAUCCGGCUAAAAAAGGCCAGGAGACGAUCAAUUCCUUCAAAAGGAACUCGACAGGGAAUAUAUGCGACGUUCUCCUUAUAUAUAGUUCAAAGAACGGUGAAUAAUGAGUGAAUGAUUUAAAAAAUAAAAACUUUUACAGUGCGGGGUAUUCAAAGGAAAAAAAAAAAACAGUACAGGAAGAUUUUUAUUUUUCACUCCAGAAAGGUGGGGUGGGGUGAGAAAGAAUACCAGAAACCUUUAAAACUAUAUGAAAAUUUAAAAUAUCACAUGGAGGGUGUGCUGUAUAUUGUUUUUUUUUUUAAUGGCAUCAUUAGAAAAUGUGCUGGUUAUUCAGGUAUCUUCUCGGUUCGAUUUUUGGGAUGAGUCCUCUCACAACUUUCAAUAAAAAAAAA